AUGGCGACCAUACAGAAGGUAGACAAGUGUCCAGAAAAGUACGAUCUGUAUCAACCCAUAACUUCAGCACUGCACCGUCAAAUUGCCCUAGAUGAGCUGCGUGAGGAUCAGGCGAUCGUCGAACAAGCGUUACAGCAGAUGCGUGAGUGGAUUGCUAAGAAUCCAGCCAUUCAGUCGUGUCGCACAGAUGCCAACUUUCUGUUGCGCUUUCUGCGUGUGCGGAAAUUUUCCCACAUGGCCGCAUGUGAAACGUUGGAGCGUUACCUUGUGUCGCGGCAACGGUUCCCCGCAUGGUACAGCAAAGUAGAUACAGCCGAACCAUGGGUAAAGGUUAUGAUCGACAGUGAGUUCGUGGUACCGCUUGGCCGUGAUGAAUUGGGUCGCAUUGUGCAUCUCGUACGAUACGCGAAUCUGGAUAUCGACAGAUUCGACGUGACCAAACAGAUUCGUUUCUUUACGAUGGUGUUUGAGAGCAUUUUUGCUGACGAGCUGAACCAGAUAGCCGGCAUUGUAUGCAUCUUCGACGAAACCAACAUUCCAAUGCGAGCGUUUGCCCAGUGGUCAUUGACGGACAUCAAGAACUACAUCGAAUGUGUGACGAAGGCGUUUCCCAUCCGCGUGAAGGAGGUGCACGUGAUUAAUUUGCCACUGUUCGGUGCAACCGUAGGCGAAUGGAUUAUGAGCUGCUGCAGUGAGAAGCUGCGAAGUCGUUUCAAGUGUUAUCGCUCGUUGGACGAGUUUGUCAUCAAAACCAACCUAUUGUCGCUGUUGCCAAAGGAAUACGGCGGUAAACAAGAGGCAGAGGAUCUGAAGCGGCAACUUAAAGGAACGCUGGAUCAUUACAGGAAUGUUAUUCUUGCAUUAGACGACAUGAAGGUGGAUGAGAAGCGGAGUGCAACGUUGAAAAAUCUAAAUAAUCCUACCGAUGCAGAAAUGAUCGGUAGUUUCCGGAAAUUGGUCGUCGAUUAA